AACACGAUUUUCGUCGAAAAAAAUAAACAACUAAAGAAAUACUCGAAUAGUUUAAUUUAGAUAAAAGUAAUUAAUAUUCUUACCGGCUAUAUGCCCUAUGAUAUAUAUACCUCACACACGCGUACACAACUGUUUCAUCACUGUAACGUCUCAAAAAGCAAAAAUCAUUCUAACUGAAUAUCAUUUUUCUGUUCCUUGCUAUGGAUUUCCAAAAAAAGCUUAUAUAAUUUAAUUAAAAACAGAAGUCGAAAUGACUAUUACCUUAUUUACUUGCAAAAUGGCGUAUGGAAAACACCUGAUACUGCUGGUCUAUUUCUAAACAGAAACCAACACCAAUCCUGAUUACGAAAAUAACGCAUUUUUAUACAAACUAUUAUCCCCCUUUAACUGCCUUUGGGGAUGAUUUUGUAUCUACUUAAAACUCGUGCGCAUAAUUUUUAUGUUUCUAUAAACAUCGGUUUCAGUUGUGCAUUGUCAGUCAACCAAUCAGUAUUAGGAAUCUUAUUUAGUAAAUUACAAUAAAUUUACUCACUAGGUAAGUAUUGUCCAUAUUAUAUUGCCUAAAGCAGCCAUGCUCAGCAUUAAUUUAAUUCAGGCCGUAUAGACGACUUAAUUACGGCGCUACGGACAGCAACAUUAAUUCAUGACCUACCUGUCUCAAACAUAUUGACAGUAAAAUGUUUUCAAUCUUAUAAGAUUUGCAUACAGAUUAAAUGAUUAUGAAAACUAUUUCUUAAUUAUUAAUGAUGUUUUUAAAGUCAGAUGGGAGACUUCUAAAAUCUCAGGGGGCCGCAGGUAUAGGGCCACAUUAAUAAAUGCAACUUAGUACCGCACUCAAGUGCGACAACAUGUAAGAUGCUGUCAAACUAAGGUCGGCAUUUUGAGGUAGUCGCUUCUUAGGACAUUAUACGUGACAGAUUUGAGAGCUAACUUUUGUAUAUGUAACAGUUCCGACCUAGCUGAGUACAAGCCCUUAAGUGACAACUCAAGCGUGGUUAUUCAAGUAGUUUAAUACAUUAAAUGUCUACUUGAAAUUCUAGUCAAACGCGAGGUUGAUUUAAUAAUAUGGCCCAAUCUAUUUCCUGUGUCAAAACCGCGUAAAAACAUUCGAAUAAUUAACUAAACGUAAGAUGCGUAGUUAAGCAUGUAUCCAUCAUAUAAUAACCAAUUAAGGUUAAAAAAUAUUUGUUCCUCGCUGUGUCUGAAUAUAAAAUACUGUUUUCAUAUUUAUUGCAGUGGUAGACAUAUUUUUUAAUAGCCCCUACCUACUUUAUGCGUCCUGGAACCGCGCCCCGCGUCUGGCAACAUCCGAUAAAGUAUUGAUCGGCCAGACAGUCCGUAGCGGGUCCGUAAAAUUGCCUAUUAAGAAGACACUCUGCCACAAAAAUUCAAAUUAAAAUCACUGCAGUUUCUGAAGUGCUCGGUGUGCACCUAAGACGAGCGUCGACAUGAGUGAGACACCACCUGUGGACCCAACUCCUGGGACGGCGGACAGUGAGUUGUCCGAGCCAGUGACUAAAGAGAACAUGGUAAGCCAAGCCCAAAGCCUACUGGACGACGUCGUGACCAUGCUGCGAAAGGAUAGAAAACGCUGUAAAAACAUAUACAAGCUGCAUUUUCCAGAAUUGUACGCUAUGAUAAAUAAUGAUGCGAUUUUUUUCAAAGUUGUGAGGCGGUUGGGCCGACGCGACAACAUAUCGAACACUGACUUGUCAGACUUGCUGCUACCCACUAAAAGAGUUGAACUCGAGAGGGCUGCUCGUAUCUCUGCUGGAAAAGAUUUAACUGAUGCAGAACUUGUCGAUGUGAAAGGUAUGUGUGAUAAUAUUUUGGUGUUGAUUAACCAUCGCGCUUAUCUCAACCACUUCUUAACAAACAAAUGUACACCUUUCAUUCAAAACUCGAUUGGUCCCGGCGGGAUUCAAGUGCCCCCUCUGACGAUAACAGAGACGCGACCGUUGAUUAACACAGUUAAACAGCCAGAAUGCACCCCGAGUUGCAGUAAUACACAUAUCCUAUUAAAUAGAAGAAUCUACGAAGACUAUCAUUGCAAUUUAUCUACGUUAGCAAAUUGUGCAGCUGCAGCAAAGAUAGCUAUGGAACGCGAACGCUCGUUGGAUGACAACGAGACCAGGCGCUCCGGCAGGAUGCGAUACGCUCGAGUGUCCCGCGCCAUCAGGAAGCACUUCAUGUAUGAGCAGACAUCGGAGAAUGAUGCGGAUGACGAAGCUUCGGAUUUGGAGGUCAACGCAAGGCCAAGCAGGAAGGAAAGGCGGCGCCGUUAAACGUAUGUUUUGCAUAUAUUUCAAUGUUUAGAUUGCUUAUCCCAACGUAGUCUACUCACGUAGUUCCCUGUCCCAUGAGACAGCGCAAGUUCUAUUAUCUCUGAUAAUGUGUGGUCCAUUUAGAUUUAUUGUGUUCGCCUAUAAUCACCCAUUCAAUUUACACUACAGGCACGACUGGUGUUAUUUUGUGGUUGGUUUUUUAUAUGACCGAAUAUGCUACUGUUCAUGGGCGACCAUGACGGUUUCCCUAAGGCGAUAUUUUUUUCUCUCUUCAUUCAUUGUAUAAAAAAUAAUAUAUUAGGAGCGCGCGUGGCAGUGUUGGUGGUAAGUCAUCGAUCACGCACAGCCGCUGGUGCAAUUUCCCUUGCCGCGCACUGCAAGUGACCAUCAGUCGUGCACAGUUUUUAAUUUCGUAAGAUAAGUAUCUAAACAUUUAAAUUUAUGCUUUGUUGACUCAAAAUUAGGUAUUUUUUAUUUUAGAUAUUAAGUGGAACCGUUUCCGCCUAAACUAGAUUAUAACUAUAUAGUUUUUAAACAACUACAAAUUAGUUACUGAGAAAUUAUUUUUUAGUUUUUAUCUACCUCUAGUCGAACUGUCGAUAAUUAUAGUAUAAAGACUUAUGCAGAAUACGGUUCCAGAAGCACACAUUGUUUAAAUUAUUUGAUGUGUUUUACGUUCUGUGAUAUAAUGAUAAUUAUUUUUCUGUGUAUUGGGGAUCGGUAUGAUAUCUUCUGUUGUAAAUUAAGGGUUUAAUACCGCACGCGGCCUAAUUUUUCAAAGAGGGAAUUGUUCUUGUGUGUCGACUAAAACAUAAGACGGGUCAGUGUUUACCCCGCGCUCUACCCCAAUUUCUUUGUCUCCCUCUUGAAUGGCCUCAGUCCCCCUCCCGACCCUCAAGCGUCUUCUUUAAUCGGCAAUUGUAUUAAGACAAUGAUUAUAAUAAAAUAUCAUUAGAUAUAAGUGUAGGUAAUUGUACGUAGUGAUCAAUGUACUUAUAAUUUAUAUUACAUUUUUUAAGCGUUUAGAUAAUGUUAUAUUAUUGCAAUUGUAUUUAUUUUAUUCUGUUGUAUUGUUUAAAAUUUAAAAUGAGUAUAAUUAUGUUAAUUAGUUACAGAUUUAAUUACUUUGUUAAAAUAUGGUUAUGAUUUUGUUAUUAAUCUUUUAGAAUAAUAUUUCAAUUUAAUAACAAUAAUUAUGUAUCUUAAAAUAGUUAAGUACACAAAUGACAAAGCUUCAUAGUGUAGUAAUGCAGUUACAAGUGGAAUUUAAUAAUUAACGUACAUAAUAAUGAUUAUAAACGUAAGUAAAACGUAUCAAUGUAACUACAAUCAAUGAAAUGCUUCAAU